CCCGUAUACCUGGAGUGGGCAUAAGUAUAUAUAAAUGAGGGAAGUAAUGUUUUAUUUCAAAUUUCAAGUUCCGUGACAAAUGUUUACUUCUUUUAAGACUAUUUUUUAUUUUAAAAUCUAAUAAUUUAAAUAAGUAUGGAUAUUUUAUAUGUUCUGUUAGUAAUUGGAGUUUUAAUUGAGUCUAUUGUUGCGCAUAAUUUUUUUAGACGAUCAAUAUUCGACAUUCUUACAAACAAUCGUGUUGAUAAUCAAUUAAAAUACAUCUUAGAAGAAAAUAAUCAUCUAAUCGCAAAAAUGAAAAUAAAAAUAUAUACUGGAUCAUCAAUUCAGUCAGCAACGAUCACUGAUAUUCCGAUUAAUGAGCCAGGCAUAAUUUAUGAGAGUAUUGAUAAUACCAAACCAGUAGCAAUGUAUAUUCACGGAUAUCGUGAACAUCCGUUUAAUGAAAGUAUCCAAACUGUCAUUGGAGCUUAUUUAGAUCGUGGUAUGGAUAAUAUACUUCUAGUAGACUGGAGUGGUUUAUCAUUCGACAACUAUAUAAUACUAAUACAAAAAAUGAAAGAUAUGGCAAGAAUAUUAUCAGACACUAUUAAUAGUCUUGUUGAAUUAGGAUUAGAUUUAGAAAAUUUUCAUCUCAUCGGUCAUUCGAUGGGAGCACAAAUGGCAGGAUUUAUUGGAAGAUAUACAAAGUAUGAACUACCUCGUAUUACAGGAUUAGAUCCAGCAUCCCCAGGAUUUUAUUAUGCAAGAGCUGAGCAUAUAAACAAUCAAAGUGCCCGAUUUGUUGACAUUUUGCAUACUGACGGUGGUUUUUAUGGUGCCUUGGGUAAUACAGGUACUGCUGAUUUUUUUGCUAAUGGAGGCAAGAGACCGCAACCCGGCUGUCCACUUCUUGGAAUACCAUUAACUCCAACAGAUUUAUGUAACCACUGGAGAUCCUGGCGCAUUUAUGCUGAAAGUGUUAAAAAUAUUUUUUCAUUUCCUGCUGUCCAGUGUUCGUCUUACGUCGAUUAUACAGAAGGUAGAUGUGAAAAAAAUCAAGUUAUUUAUUUUGGAUACUUGACACCAACAAACGCACGUGGCUCUUAUUUUUUUAAAACAAAUGGUAAAUCUCCUUAUGGAAGAAGUUUAUAAAGUUUAAAAUUUUUUAAAAACCGCCAUUACAAGACUAAUCUUGACAUUUUUUAUUUCAUUAAAUAUAAACACUAUUUAUUAAUUAAUUAAGUAAUUUAUUAUAUUAUUGAAAAUAUUCCCACCCGCUUUGCUAGGAUUUUUUUUACAUGACGAAUUUUAUAGUUUAUAUUUACGAGCUAUCAAACAAUUAAAUCUCAAAAAUAUAAAAUUGUCCCGAUGCAUGAAAGAAUGAACUUGGAAUGAACAGUGGGGGUAUAGGUAAGAAAUGUGGAGUGAUGAUGAUGGGACAGACAUUCUCUUAGUUCUUAAAAUACAACUAAAAUAAUUUUUUCGAUUUGUUAAUUCAUACAGUCGAACUCGUUACCUCGGGUUCUAUUAUUUUGGAGCUUCUCCUCAGUCUUGACUCCCACCCGAUGCUAUGCAUUUGUAUGUGUAUGUGUGUGUAUUAGGGUGAUUCAAAAAUUUUAUUUAGAUAAAAAAAGACGCCUGUGAAAAUUAGAGCUCUUAAUAUUAAGAGGUUCCGCAUU